UAUUUUUUCAAAUUAAUUAGACAUAAAUACCAAUAUAAUAAUGUUAGAGUGAAAUUUUUUAUCAAUAAAGCUUUAUGGGAAGGUAAAGUCAAUAAACUAGAGGAUUUACUUGUUAUAUUACACCGCCCACUACCAUCAUGCAUCACAGUCAGCUGACAAACCAAAACAUGGAUAAAAGAUAUAAAGGUGGUGUUUAACCUGCUAGCUAAUAAUGACCUAUAUCACCUGUAUUACGUGUGAUGAAUAUAUGUAAGAGUUGGAAGCCAAACGGCAGCAGACCAUGAGUAGUAACGAGGUUAACUGUGGGCCACUCUUGAGGUGUCUCUUCCAAAAUGACUACAAGAUUUACAAGGAACUGGAUGCUUACCUUUGUCAGGAUGGCAGUGUCACCUCUGAGUAUCAACUCUCCCUGUCCCUUGAAGCUUGCACAUCUCUCAAAGAAAAGCUGUUGUCUCAUCCACAAGAAGCAGCAUUCAUAUUUCAUCAUCUUGUUGCCAAACGCAAGCAAAUUAAGGCAAAGAGAGAUGCACAGCUGAACUCCUCUUCUGCCACUGUCGCUGAGAGUAAGGCAACAACUUUCACUAUUAAAGAGUGCCAGAAAGUCAGCAGUUUGCCAGGAGGUAAUAAAAUGGGAAAAAUUUUUAUAGAGAGUUUGGAUCACUGCUUAUGGAGAAUUGAAAACUUAGAUGAAAAGCUACAGAAAGAAGUGGCGGAAUAUUCAGCAUUAUUAAAACGGCAACAGAAAAGCCAGUCUCCUAGAAGAAGUAUUUUGUCAGGUGUAAAACAUAGAACUCUUGAAUCUGUUGAAGUUUCAAAACUUAAAGAAAGAAAGUUAGCAACAAAUGUGGAGAAACUGAGAAAUGAAGCUCUUUUCUACAAGAUAUUUUCUCUUUCUGGUGAUGUGGAUCUCACUGUCUUGAGUGAAUUAUUUUCCAGAAUUUUGAGGCUUUGUUAUGAAAGAAAUUUAUUAGCUACACAUAGAAUACAUUUUUCUAUAUUGUCAAGUUCUCGGAAAUGUUUAGAACUGUACUGUACUAAAGAAGAAGAAUACCUUCUUGGCAAAUCUGCUUUUAAGAAAAAUGAAUCAAUUCAAGACGUAGUGGUACUCACUCCAUCUAAUAUAAGAGAGCUGUAUUAUAUAUGUACCAGAAAUUCAGAACAUAUAUUGAAAAUUUUAUUUGAAGUAUUAGUAAAUAAUUCUGUUACUAGCAUGAAGGAGAUAGAAAUGCAUGAAAAAUCCAAUUGGUUGAUACCUCUGUGGCCUUUGAUGUUUAUACAAACACUGUCAACAUCUCAUGACCAAUUGAAAAGUCCCACAAAUGUUGCAGCAGUCUGGGAGAAACAUUCAAAUGUUGUUGAUCCUACUCUUAUGGAGCUGUGUAGUGACCUCAGCCGAGACAUGAACUUUGUGUCCUGGUGUCUGGCUAACAACAGUAGGAUAAAGGCAAUACCCCUCUUACAGCUAAUGAGAGACCAUUCACCCCUGUAUGCACUUUAUAAAUCACUACAACUAAAUACUUUAAUUUCAACUGAGGUGUUAGAAAUACUUACAGAACAUUGUAUGGCCAGAGAUUCUAGUGGAGAGUUAAGCUCUUUUUGUACGAGUACUUACAUAGCUUAUUGUAUAUUGUCUCGAGUGUUUGAGGUAAUUGGAGCUGGUAUGCAGUUGGAUAUUAUGGCUGCUGGAUGGCAGGCAAGAGGAAAACUGUUUGCUGGUAAAAGAUUUGGUGGUGUUGCAACAAACAGCUUUCAGAAUCGGCAAGCUCAUGAAUUAUUUUAUGUGCAAAACAUUGCAGAAAAGCUUGAAAUUGUUCAGCAAAUGCUAGGUGACUUACAGCCCCUGGAGUAUAGAUUAGAAAUAAUGGAAAAUAUAUAUUCUCUUUUAUUUGUCAACCAUAGUGAUAUGAGUGAUGAAGGCCAGAGUGAAUCAGGAGGCGAGGAAGGUGAAUUAGAGCGAUCCUAUAUCUCGCAGCAAACUGAUCUAGAUAGCCUAGCAAGCACUCCACACACUGAAACACCCAAGAGGCCCAGAUCACCUCAAAAGUCUUCUAAUCCAGCUUCAAUCACUGCAUUAGAAAAAGAUGGAGACCCCAAAAGGAGUAAAGUGCUGAAUUUUUCUGAAUAUGUUGUGAUUGAUGAGAAAUUUUGUGGGGCAGUGAAUCUUUCAAGUAAACCAUCUAAUGCAAGCAGUUUGUCAGAAGAUAUAGGGCAAGUUAGCUCCUCUUCAACAGAUAGCAAGAAUAAAGACCUGCAUCAUGUUGCUGAUACUCAAGCAACUGCAAAACUCUCUGAAUCACCUUGUGUAUCUGAACAGCUACAGUGGGACACAUACCAAAACUCUUCUCAGAGUUGCCAAACAGUUCAUCCACAAAGCAGUUGUGCAAUGAGUGGGAAAAGCACAGGGUCCAGCAUAAGUGAACUUCCACGUACAGGAUACUUAAUCAACACCUUGGUGGCGUGGGAUAUAAUGUUACUCCUUCGAGAUUCACUUCUUGCCUUCAGUGCCCAGUUGUACAGUCAGAAUGCCCAACAAACUCAAUUUAAUGGAAGUAACUCAAGAUUGGCUUUUGAUAGCCGCAUCACUAAGCUCUCACGUUGUGUCAAUGAAGGGUUAUGGCGACUUCAGGUAAUGGCUCCUGGCACUCAUAAGUUUGCCUCCCCUGACAUAUUUGAUCAUUACUUAGAUGGCACACUUCUUUCUGAUACUGCUCAAUGUUUAGUGUAUGAAAAUUCUCCUAGAUUGGAAAGUGUUUUUCAGAAGACUUCUUUGUUUAAGGUAGCUGGUUCCUCUCAUGAAGGUAAAAAGAGGCUUGCAAAAGACCAUGAGCCAAGUGAAGUUGGAGGACAUUCAACUAAAUUUAGAAGCAUCAUAAAUUUUUUAUUUGCCCCACCAUCAAGCCUCAUCACACUGGCAUUAGCUAAUGGUAAUGCAGAUCGAAUACAACAGAUAUUCCUUACGUAUAAAGUUCCAGACAUCGUUGAAAAACGUGAGGCACAUUUAGUAGUACGUCUCAAUGAAUUGAGGCCUAAAUUGUCAACUGCAAAUCAGAAGCCUGGAAGAGUGAAGGAAACCAGAGUAAAACAGGCUAGUAGUAACUCUCAAGAUAUACUUCAAAAUAUUGGUCUAUUGGCUCGGGAAGGCUCAGCACAGGUUGGGGCAACUAACCUGAUAUAUGACCUUGUAACAUCUUCCCCGCCACCUGUGCCAAAAGGAAUGCCAGAAGCUGCCUUAGAAACGGGUUGUCCUGUAAUGACCUCGUUCUUGGUCCCACAGGCUUUGGUAUUAUCAGACUUAGCUUUGACAGUGGAUGUAAGUGAAACCACUGCCACUUACCUGAUAGAACAAGCUCUUCAAAGACAAACAACCCACAGUUCUACCCAUGAUAAGCAUCAUGAGACAUGUAGUGGCAUUCAAGGCUAUAUUCCAGUGUUACAGCAGCUGGGUGCUACUUGUAGUGCUGUCACCGAGAUGAAAAAAACAGAAGACAGUGGUGGAACUGUUGCAGGAGACAUUACUGAAAAAUUUUCACUGCAGUUAUCAUCCCUGACUGCUACGCCAUAUUCACUUCUGUUGACAUCGUAUCCCUUACAAGAUGUUGAUUUAAAGAAUUAUAUUAAAGGCUGGUCCAGGGUUCUCAAAAGUAUGUGUGCUGCUCAAGAAGCUUUGAUGUUGUUUGAUAAAACACACCAAGAUAAAAGUUUGAGUGCCCACGCAAAGAGUCUAAAAAAUCAAAGGCAUCAGUCAUACAAAAUGUUGCUUCAUGUACUGAGUGAAGAAGCUCCUCAUUUAUAUGUAAGUUGUGUUAAAGAAAAGCCAUAUACCAAAUUGGGAGCUUUUGUUAGGUCUUUUUAUCAGUAUUUGCAACUGCUGUCAUCUAUGAUUAUCCAGCAUGCAGAUAAACAUUUCCAGAAGAAUAUGAGUAGCUAUUUCUCUCUGUUAACUCAGAGACCUGUUCACAUACUGGGAUCCCUCAUGUUUAAGGAAGGUGUUGAUCCUGUUAAGUUAGAACCAAUAGCAGCAAGAAUGAGACUGAAUUUGACGACCAUGAUCCUCCAGUAUUGUUGUCCGAAGUUCACAAUAUCUAGAGAUAAUUUAUCCAGAACAAUUGAGCAGGGAAGUAUGGGGGAUCAUGCUGAUACACUGGGGUUUAAGAUCUUGCACGAACGAGUCAUCCUGAAUGCCAGUGCUGUACACUGUCAGGCUAGUGUGUAUGGAGAAGUUGUAGUCAGGGAUAUUCUGAUGACCAUCCUAAGUGGCCUUCGUGAAAUCAUCCAACCUGUUGCAGUAUCAUCAAAGUCCCAUCACAAAGCAGUGAUCUUAAAUGAUGCCACAGCUCCAAGCGCUCUUCUCUCGGGAGAUGUUCAAGUGGCACUCAGAGAUACGGCUGAUCUAGCUGCAGUAGAUUUUAAGAAAAUGGUGCCUGGUAAUGAAGCAGUUGCCUUUUUCAUUAAUUUGGUCAAUUUGAUGUUCAUUCAUGCUGGUGUACUUAAUCACAUAUUAUAUCCAAGUGGAAAGCUAGAGCCAAGAGGAAUAUUCUCAAAGCAUCAACUUGAACGAAUAAUGGCUAUGAAGCGGCUGGGCUAUAUGGUAGGACAGCUGGGGUUUCUCUCUCUAUAUGACAUCUUGUACAACAUCCUUUCACUUCAUAAUCCACUCUCCAGUAUUUUGAUUCAAAGUGAUAUUGAACACAAAUUUAGUCUUUGUGAAAGUGAUUUAAUUUAUGAUAAAGUUCAGCCAUCAAGCAGAGAUGAACUACACCAGCUUUUAACAUUGCCACCUAAAAUCAGCUUUUGCAUUACACAAGGAACUCCUGUGUCACCCAGAGUGGAAGUAUUGUAUGCAGAUAGAAUGGAAGAACAGAUUCAUGGAGCAGUUCAUGAACACCUGAGAAUAUUUCUUUUUCUUCAAGACAACAGAAGUUCAAAGUCUAAUGUCAAUGUAAAGGAUAGAAAAUGGAAUAUUUUCACUUCCAGGACAAUCCUUAAUUACUUAGCUCUUCAUGCAGAUGGUGUAGCUGAUGGUAUUCACUCACUACAGCAGAAUGCUCCUGAUGAUGUGGUUAGUACACUUCAGAAACUAGAAUCUGAAUUGUCUAAAAAUGGACAACCAGAAAUAAUUGUUCUUGAUAAAACUGUGGGAAAAGGUAUUGUGCUUGAGUUCAGUGAGGAAUGUGAGGAUAAAAACCUUGUCAGUUUGGCACUAGGUGAACCUGAGACAAGCAGUGUAUCCAUGACACCUGAAGACUCACCUUGGUUAGCUGCUAAAGUUCCACUCGCUGUUCUUACUUAUCUUCGGAGGAAGUGUCCUCUCCUAGCCUUUAUAGUACAAGCAUUUCACAGUAUGUCAGAAGUGCAUAAGAAUAACCCAGCAUGGGUGGAUGAUACUAUUGAUAUGUGGCUCAGUGUCUUAUAUCCUCCUUCAUUGGGAGUCAGGCCACCUGCUGAAGAAGCCAAAGUGUUUCGGGCCAUUAAAAAUUUAUUUUCAAUUGGUAGACAUAAAUCAUUGGCAAGAAUUUACAAGGGUAAUAAAGUCACAUCAGCACUCUCAAGUGAUCCAGAUGUGUGUCUCAUUUGGAAUCUUGCUGAUGAACUUCUAGGAAGUGGUGCAAUAACUAAAAGCUACUCCACCAAGCUGCAUCAUCAUGUAUCAUCAUUUGUGACAGUACUACAAGCUCUUCCCACCGUUACUCUGGAGAAACAUCCUGACCUUAAAAUACUACUAGAUCACCUCUUGGUGUUUCUGGUCCAAACAACAGACUCUGCAGCUGAUCCUCCUCCAUGGAUGUUUGCUCACCAGAUAUCCGACUGUGACAUGAGAUUUGCUGUUAGUAUGGAAAAUCACAGGAAUUGGCUGGUGUUACCUGCUAUUGAGCUCCUAAGUUUAAUAGCACAUGACACACGACUCAAGUGUCAUGAGCAGAAAGAGGCUAGGAAGCGAGCUGAGCAGAUUGAGGUGUAUAAUAAGAUCCUUAUGUUGGGAAACUCCUCACAUAAAUCUUGGCAAGAGGUGGAACUUAUGUCGAAUGAAAAGCCAGCUGAGCUCCUUCAGUAUCUAAUUCAGAAAAAACAGUUCAAAUUGGGUGUUCAGUGGGCAGAUUAUCACAAUGGUAGUGCUGAGUUGCGCCGCUUGGUUGAUCAGAGCUACCUAAUGGAUGUGUUAGAUAAAACCUCUCCAGAAUACAAUAUUGCCUUAGAGGCUCUAAAUGCCAUAAGCCUAAAGGAUUUAAUGAUAGUAAUGAAGAACCUCUUACAAAGACUUUCAAACAUCCCCACUCGGCGCUUCUUGAUAGAGGUUUUUUUGAAGAGAAUUCACUCUACGUGUGAGGAUUUCAUUUGUAAUAAAAGUACUGAAUUUGAGGAGAACAGGAAGGAUACUACAAAUGUGAGUGAGCAAGAAUCUGAUGUCAAAGAAAGUAACUGUGAUAUAUUUUCAUCUCUUGAUAUUAUGAGUUUACAGCAAGAAGUUAUGGGACUUAUCUUGGUUGAAGAUGUAGGGCCACCAGCAGCUGACAGAUUCCAGUUGAGCCACCUAGCUUCUGCACCACACCUCAUUAUAGAGCAGUGGUUGAUGAAUAUCAGAUUAGAUGCAGUAGGUAAGUCCAUAAAGGUACUAGCUCAGCACCUAGACAUGGUUGGCAUGGGAAUAUCUCCCCCUAAUCAUUCAUCAGAUUUUGGAAUGUCAUUUUCAUGUACUGACACACCAGCUCAAACACGAGAGAUACAGGGUUUGAGUUGGGAUGUUCUCAACUGGCUCCUAGAAGUUUAUGCAGCCAAAGCUCUGGACACUACUGGUGUACAGUUGGCUCUUAAGCCUCACCUUGUUAGUGAUAAAUCACCAAGAAAGUUUGUGAUGCCAUCACAACCUCCAAAAAGGAAUGAUUGGGUGCCAGAUGCUGAGGUGAGAAGAUGUCCCGUGUGUGAAGUAGCCAUUUUCUCAAUGUUCUGUCGCCGACACCACUGUCGCCGAUGUGGCCGUGUCGUGUGCAGUUCAUGUUCCCAGCACAGAAAUGUUGUUCAAGGUUAUGAUGAAUUACUUGUUAGAGUUUGUGCUGACUGUUAUCAACAAACUAAAGAGCUUAACCUUCAAGACUAUAUUCAAGUGAGACCACUAGGGGAUGGAUCAUAUGAUACUGUAUCACAAACCUCAGAUGCUCACGGUGUUCGUAGGAGAAAUUCUUGGACCAGUGAUACUGAAGGUGGUUGGUAUCUCUCAACAGACACACAGCAUAAUGAUUUAAUCCGUCAGGAAUUCUGCUAUGAUUAUGCCCCAUCUCUAAGUCUUUGCUUAGCUAUAUUGGCACUACACCAGGAUCACAAGAGAGCAGCUGUUUGUACUGUCAAGUUAUGUCAUCAUUUGUUUUCCCUCAUUAUAUCAUCUUUAAGAGCAGCAAGCCCAGAAACUGACCACAGUUUUGUAUUGUCUAUGAUUCAGACCCUCCUAACUUCAUCCAAAGUACGGUUUGGAAAUAUUGGUGAACUUCAAGGUAUUGGUCUUUGUGAGUACUACACUCAGUGGGUGGAUUUGCUCUCAAUUUUACUGAAAGCAAACUGUGAUCACAUAAUACCUCGUGAAGCAUUGGAAAAUAUGCUUCUAAUUGGUGAGUUGCACCAAAAGAACUUACUGAGAAAUGAUGAUGUUCAGAUGAGCUUGGACAAACACUUGAAGCAAGAGUUUUUCCACAUGAGACGCUUGCGUGACACACUUGUAAAAGAGCAAAUGUGGGAAUUAGCCCUAGAUGUAUCAACUAAGGCAGGGCUUGAGACUAAUGGAGUUUGGGGAGCCUGGGCCUUAGCUUCUCUCAAGGCAGGGGAUUUUCCUGGAGCUAGGGAGCGAUUUUCUCGAGUUCUUGAAAGGCCAUCAGACAAAAAUAGACCCUGCAACUCACCGAUAUUACCAGAAGUCAUCAAAUAUCUUGAAAGUAACCCAUUCCGAGUAGAUCAGCAGGUAAUGGAUCAAGCAGACCGUACACGAUCAAGUAUCAUGCUCAGUGAUCAAUCCAGGCUCCCGCCAUCACAAGCCCUUGUAGUGCUUCAUUCCUUAAAGAACCUUCACAGAAUUUCUCAAGGCAAUUUGACAAAUAAAGAUACACUUAGACAAGUAUCUUAUGGUUAUAAAAGUAAGAAGGUGAAUCCGUCCAGAAUUCAAUCCGUGUUUCAGGUUGAGUGUAAAUAUUAUCUCAAUUUGUAUGGAAAUCACUUGAUGACCAUUCAGUAUUUUAUGAGAAAUAAUCAAGUGCAGGAAUGUGUGGAGUACUUACUUGCUGAAGAAGUUCACUUGGAUGUCUUUAUUGAAACUGUAUUAUUACCUUGCUUAAGAUGUGGUCAUCUUGAUAGUCUUAUGAGAAGUCUUAAUGCAUCUGACCCUCACAUGGAAAAAUGGGCAAAUUUGAUGUUUGGUGGCUGUCGCUGGUUAGAACGACGUGGAUGGUGGAACUGUCUAUUGGCUUUACAGGAAGCUUUGGGUGAUAGACUCAGGGCAUCCAUGACCCUUUUGAAAAUGUACAGUAAUGGUGUUAACAGUUACACAGCACUUUCUGGUAGAUCAGAAUAUGUAGUAUCAGCAUUAACACAUCUUCAGGCAUACUUGGACAGUCAGGCUUUGUAUGGUGCUACAAGCAAGAGGAAGAAGCUUAUUUUAGACAUGUCUCCAUGGCAUGUCAACCAGAACAUCAACAUGUUAAAAUUGCAGACUGAUGUCACAAAAUUCCUUGCAGGUAAUGAAUCAAGAGGUAACCAUACUGCAGAUAUUUUGCAAAAGCUCUAUGAAAUGAAGAUUUUAAAAGAGAGGUGCUUACCAACGCUUUUAGUUAAUAACGAUGAGCGAUUAGCGGUAGCAAUACUCGUAAUAUGUGGAGCUCAGGUUUUGGCAGAUGGCUUGAACCUUGCGUAUCGGAUAGUGGAGAGAAGUGAACUACCUGUAGAAAGAUUGUUAUCAGUUUGUUGUCAGUUACUGAUGCAGAAAAAUAAAGUAGAAAAUAUGAGUCAGUUUGUGAGAGGAAUACAAGAGUGGGAGGUUCUGACACUCGAGGCAGUAGAUGCUGCUCUGCAGCCAGUACUCCAGGAAGUGGCUGCAAACACUCAAAAUGCUUCCCUUGAUGUCCUUGUCAAGCUUCUCUCCAGUGAUAAGGCAAAGAUGGAAGCUUUCAUUGAAUGUGGACGUUUAAAAUCAGCGUACCUGGUGGCGGUUCAUCGUCGGAGUUGCGAAGAUGUCAAGCGAGUUCAAGAAGCAGCCUCGCUCAGUGGACAGGUUCACAUAGCAGCUAUGUGCAACAAGUGGCUCAUUAACUAUCAGAAUUCUGUAUCCACCUAAUAAUAUGUAAUGGAAAGUCACCAAGACGCAUUGUAACAGGGAAGGCGGUACAGUACAGUACAGGUAAAACAUAAAACUUCUGGUACUACGUUAUCAUAAAUUACAGUCGAGUUAUUAGAACCAAAGUCACUAUAAGUACAGUACUGUAUAGUAAUACAGUAUCAAAAUCUAUAUACCGUAAUGAUUACUUCUAAUCUCUACCGAUACUACAGUCCCUAUAGAGACUACCUUCUUGUUGGCUAAUACUGUACAGAACUCAUACAGUAUCUUUUAUGUGCGUUAAUACCUGUACCAAUGAUCAAUCUAAAUUACCGGUAAACAAUUAUUGAUUACAUACAGUACUGUAGUUUGCAAAAUAAGAUAAAAAUUUGUUUUACUUUCCCAUCUCAAACACAUUUAGAUGCUUGAUCUUAUUUCAAUAACAUUUUAUGAAUUGUUGUGGAUUUAAAUCAGUUGUUUUCAUAUCUUGUAGACUGAGCAAAAAAUUGGUAAUGACCAUUAUGAUUUUUUUUCUUACUGGAUGGUUAAGAUUGUUGCAGGUAAGUCAUAGCUAAGAACUGAGCAAUUUUGAGAAUUUGAAGUACAUAUACUGUACAGUAUUACCAUACAGAAUGUAAUAGAUGAUUACUGUAGGUAUAUUUGGACAGUACCCACAAUAUCGGUGAAAGAAACCAGUACAGUACAGGUAAGCAAAACUGUAACAAGUCAAUAUUUCUGGCUAAUAAUGUUCAUGAUCAACUGCUGCAGGCAGAGCUAGGUCACAUUUACCUCAGUGAAAUAUGUUAGAUGUAGGACAGUGCAAGGCAUGUAUUAUCUGUCAGAGUUAUUAGUAAACAGCUCUACAAUGUUACCACUAGUGCAUAUAUAUAUAUAUAUAUAUACUGUAUAUAUAUAUAUAUAUAUAUAUAUAUAUAUAUAUAUAUAUAUAUAUAUAUAUAUAUAUAUAUAUAUAUAUAUAUAUACAGCAGACCACCAAAUAAUUUCCUCUUUUAUCCUCUGAAUUCUUCCUUUACACUUUUCCUAUCUUUUUACAGUUAACAAAGGUAUUAAUGAACACUGGCAUUUAAGAGAAAGUUUUCCAGCUGAACAAUGUUAA